CAUAUUAUGCCGUAAACCGAGGCUCUCAUGAUAUACAUACGGUACCAUGAUGUAGAGUAGACUACCUGCUUUGUGUUAUCUGUCAUGUGUUGGCUCGGGCAGGAUGAUGCCGGCUAGCGCUAAGUUACAGUCCGUUAAAGUUUAGUCCCGCACACUACAUCUUCCAAUAUGGCGUCGUUUGUAAACUGUUGACAUCCAGUGGUACAGAACGAGGAGAGGAUUUAGUUGACAGCAACAAAUGUAGUGGAGCAUUGUGCCGCGGCAACAUCGAUUGACGGUGACUCAUUAGCCCGCGGUCAAGCCAGCUUGUGAUCACCGUUCAUAUAUGCGAACAUUUUCCUGCUCAACACAACUCUAUAUGGAGAAGGAGCAGUGUCCAAGUGGCGGUGGCAGGAUGUGAGGGAAUUCAGCAGUUGUACCAUGGCCCAGGAGUUUCUUCCGCUGUGCGAUGUGCUCUUCAACAUCAUCUCACUGGCUUCCUACUUCUGUGAUGUUGUGUUUGAUGUGGUCACCAUCUACACACUUUAUGACCAGAAAGAAGUGGUGUGGUUCACACUGUCCUUGUCAUGUGUAUUGUUGUCCCUGGUCGUGUGUCAGCUGUGCUCUUUCAAGUGGUAUUUGUCCAGCCUUCGAAAAGACUUGGCCAAAAAAGACUGUGACCUGGGCCUUAUGAUCCUGCUACAUUUUUUCCAAGGUGGUGUUCUAUGGCGUUACUUCAAGCUUUUCAUUCCCGUGGACCUGCGCUAUGUGAAGCAUGAGGUGCGCGAUCUGUGCAUGCUGCGGCUGAUCCAUGCUUUUUGUGAAGCAGCACCUAUGUUGCUCAUUCAGCUGUACCUCAUAUGGCGUAAGCCCUCACUUUCCCACCUCACUGACCUCAACAUUGUAUCUACAGCACUGUCACUCUUCAGUGUGUGUUGGGCACUGGCCUCCUUCAACAAGAAUGUGCGUCGCCACAAUGUCCAUCGCCUUAUUUUGACAUGGUUGGGUGUCAUCUUCCAGUUUGUGUGGAGGUUGGGGACCAUUACCUCCCGCUCCCUAGCCCUGACUGUAUAUGCCACUUUGUAUGGUUACUGGGUGUUCCUGGUCAUAGCCCUUCACUGGGUCUCCAUGUUCCUGUGGCUCAUCUCCCCAAAGAAUGUUUUUCAUGGAGAGAAGAUGCCAAUGUUCAAGAAAGUAAUUUUUUCAAUGUUGAUAGCAUUUUGUUACAUCUUCUGUUACAUUAAUCUGCAAGAGAUCAAUGCACGGCAGAAGAUGGUUGCCUUCUAUAUUACAAUGUUGCUAGAGAAUGCCCUGUUGGUUGCCGUUUGGCUAGGUGGUUUGAGAUCUUCUCCUUGGUAUCAGUACCCUGUCACUGCCCUGGUCUUUGUUUCCUUUGGCUUUGGAGUUGUAUUUAUGAUAUUCUACUAUCAGCACUUCCAUGUCAAGCGACUCAAGCAUAACUAUACUGUGUCAUCUUCUAUCAAUACUUACUCAUCAUGCACAGGCUGCCAGAUGGGCCAGUGUACAGACAAGUCUCACAGAAUGCCGUUUCCUUACUACCUGAAUGAACUCUCUGCUAGUGACAACAGUACAAUUGCCUCAAAUCCUCAGCAGAAUGGCUCGGCAAAGCCAAAUAACCUUGAGACAAGUGAGCAACGAAGCAACCACCAUGAACAUCACCACCAUCCACAACACCAACCCCAGCAUCACCACAACCCUGCCGACACCCUUCAUGUACCGGGAGUCUUCACUUGCCGUUUCAAUCCAGGGAUCAAAAGAAAAAAAAAGAAGCCCACAAGUUUCGUACCCCCACCAGUGCCAGUCCUUCCUUCAAUAGGUGUGCCAAACAAUAAUGGUCGUGUAAUGCCUUUUUGGAAACGGCCAUUGCCUCAGUCAGUUUCUAGUGACCAUGAGGGUAGUGUGGGAUCUCGGGUCAACAUUCAACAAAAACUUCAAGAAAAGAAACAGCAGCAGAUUGCAGAGUUGCGUCAGAUCGAGGAAGAAAUCAAAGCUGGUAAGCUGAAGCGUCCUCAUCCGAGUGACAUAUCUGAAUCAGGUACACUCCGUCAGCCCAUACCUCGUGCCAAGAAGCAACCUUGGCUGAGACCAGAGCCACUAGAUUACACAUACCUGGUUGUGGAACCUUCAGCAGCACCUGUGCCUGCUCCAGCCCACAGGAAACAUCGUUCCCAAACACCAGAGAUCUUGUUAGCACCUCACUACCUUGACAAUACUAGAAUUUAUUAUGACUAUCAAGAUCCUCGCUGGAAGUAUGGCAAUAAUUAUCACCUUCCCUCUGAUGACAUGAGUGGCUCCAGCUAUUCCAAACAUUCAAUUAAGCGUCGAAACAAGAAAGUAGAUAAGAAUGCUGACAACAGGGACAAGGUCAUCUAUAAGUCAUACAGGAUCCCUUCUGACCUAGACAGCCAGAUUUCCUUGCCUAGGUCUUACACACUGCCUCGAGAGUUCAAAUAUUACCGAAGACCCAAGUCAAGAAAGGCUGUGAGAACAGACCACUUCAUGGCUUCAACCAACUCAAGUGAUGGAGAUGUGGAUUCCUGUGACGAGGGAGACCUGGAUGAGUCCCUGAGUCGUCUCAACAAUGCUGUUCACUUUCAUCUUAACCACAAUCACAAUCAUCACCACUACCACCAUCACAGCUUUCUUCACAACCAUCAUAACAACACCAGUAACAAUAAUCAUGUGGCCCCUGAAUCACCACCCCACCCACAACAUCCACUCCGAGCCCGUAUCCAUGCAGCAUUCCAUCGCAGUCAAGCCAACACUCAUGAGACUAAAUUAUGAGGGAAUGCAUGCUGCCCAGAGGCAAGUGAUGGGAUGCUGCCAUGGGAAAAGAGAAUGGAAAUCCCUGUAUAAAGAAAGGGAUAA